CACUGGAAUGUGUCAGAAUGUAACAGCGUUCAGCGUUCUGGAGUGUUCUAGCAUGUUCUAGAAUGCCUCACUCUGACCUGAGUCAGAGACCCAGGCUUCUGGAGAUUCUGUUUGAGAAGUGCCCUGGAAUGUUCUUUGAUGGGAUUUAAAUGUCCAGAACCUGACUGCCGGUACAGCAUCGCUGUGGCUCCUCCCGGCGGUCAGGACAGCCGCCUCUCUCCUCCGUGUCACUUCCCGGGUCUUCUGUGCUAAGGGUUUCCUCAUUAAAAGCGAUUAUUAUUCGUGGGUGCCACUGGGAGUGGCUCAAAGGAACACGGGGGAUGCCAGCUAAGACGAGUGCAAGGUGCUUGAAAGUGCAGAAAGAAUGAUGAUGGGGACACAAGUGUUGUCGUUGAAAAGGACCAUUUCAUGGAUGAUUUCUUCCAUCAGGUUGAGGAGAUCAGGACCAGCAUAGCUAAAAUAGCUCAAUAUGUCGAAGAGGUAAAGAAAAACCACAGCAUCAUUCUUUCUGCACCAAACCCAGAAGGAAAAACAAAGGAAGACCUUGAGGAUCUGAACAAAGAAAUCAAGAAAACUGCCAGUAAAAUCCGAGCCAAGUUGAAGUCUAUCGAGCAGAGUUUUGAUCAGGAUGAGAGUGGGGACCGCACCUCAGUGGAUCUCCGGAUACGACGAACUCAGCAUUCAGUACUGUCUCGGAAGUUUGUGGAGGUCAUGACGGAGUACAACGAGGCCCAGACUCUGUUUCGGGAGCGGAGCAAAGGACGCAUACAGCGCCAGCUGGAGAUCACUGGAAGAACCACGACCGACGAGGAGCUGGAAGAAAUGCUGGAAAGCGGGAGCCCUUCGGUCUUCACCGCAGACAUCAUAUCAGAUUCACAGAUCACUAGACAAGCUCUCAAUGAAAUUGAGUCUCGUCACAAAGACAUCAUGAAGCUGGAGACCAGCAUCCGGGAGCUACACGAGAUGUUCACGGACAUGGCCAUGUUCGUUGAGACCCAGGGCGAAAUGAUCAACAACAUAGAAAAAAACGUUAUGAACGCCACAGACUAUGUAGAACACGCUAAAGAAGAAACGAAAAAGGCGAUUAAAUAUCACAGCAAAGCUAGAAGGUGUAAACCAGGCUUCAUUCAUCCGCUGGCCACUUCACGGACAUUCGAGCGGAUCCCAGGUCCAAGCCAAGGUGGGCAGUGCGGCCACGGCGUCGCCCGGACACGACUGUGGACACUCGGCGUCAUUCCUCUUGGGGACAUUCCUGCGUCACACUUAAUAUACGCUGCAGCGUUGGCUUCCGGAGUAGAACUCAGCGAUUCGUCACUUACACACGCCUCUUCGUCAGGGAAAUACGAACCCAAACCCCGAGGGGACACGACCUCGCACCUGUCAGAGGCCAACAGCAACAACACAGGAAACAGGUGCUGCCGAGGAUGCGGAGAGAGGGGACCCUCGUGCACUGCCGGUGGGAAUGCAAACUGGUGCAGCUGCUCUGGAGAACAGUGUGGAGGUUCCUCCAAAAGUUACAAAUAGAGAUACCCUACGACCCGGCAAUCGCACCAGGAGGUGUUUAUCCAAAGGAUACAAACCUGCUGAUUCGAAGGGGCGCAUGCCCCACGUGUUUACAGCAGCGCUAUGGACAAGAGCCAAAGUCUGGAAAGAGCCCAAAUGUCCUAAAACAGGCAAGGUGUUUGCCUGAGGCUGGGGGUGGGGACUGGCCGCAGGUGGGAACGGGGCCUUACAGCGGGUGAACUGUACGGUGUGCACAUUACACCUCGACAGAAGUGCAGUUCAAGAAGCCACGUCGCCCCCCCACGCAGGACCUGGGAGUAUGCAUCAUCCUGGGGACACCUUCCGGAGUGUUCCCGGAGUUUGCUCGCGGCCUGCAGAGCACCGGAUGGGCAGCAGAGGGCGCCCCACCACAGCCCCUGGGUCCAGGCUUUCCGCCCAGCUGUGAAAUGUGGCUUCUUUUUGUCCUUGGCAACUGUUUUCUUAAAAACCUGGGGUUAAUAGAAUCUGUGUCAAUCAAAUCCCGUGUUCUCGCUGACCCGUGCGACCCUUUAAGAGCUGUUUAUCACCGCUUCUGAAGGCGGCUGAGCCAGCAGUACAUGAAUAAUUUGCAAACAAUGGUUACCUGGAGGACGCCCCGCGUGCAGGAUCCCUGCUGCCAACGCUUUUGUCGAAGGAACGGAGGCCAUUCAGGCCCCGCGAGGGUCCCCGGACAGCGGGGACUCUGGUCGAUACGUGGAAUGAAAGGCUGGGUCUGUGCUUCAAUAAGCCGGGCCUCCUGAGAAGGUGUCUUCGGGGAGUUUCCCACAAUGCUCGGUGGUGCCCCGUGAUCCCGCUGGAGAUGGGGAGAGCGGGGCAGGGCGGAAAGGAACGCACAGGUGACCGUAGCGGGCACAGACGCGUCAGUGGUCGGCUUGUCCAGACCACUCCCUGUGGGAGCCUGAGCCACUCUAGAAUUCCGAACGUUACAAAUACAAAAACAAACCACCCGUGCCACGUACAUUUACUCAACGCCCCCACAGCCGUCUUGUUAACGAUCCUCCCUCCGUAAGCCUGGGGCCACUGGGUGGCAAAGAUCGUGAGCUCCCUUCUUCGGUGGCGCCGGUGGGAUGGGGCCGGGUGCCGGUGGUCAUCUCCCCGUGGGGACCGAGGAGAAGCCGAUCCAGGGCCGCUGCGGCAUAGACGGCACGAGUUCCAAGCUGGCGGGAGAGGCCCAGGUGAGCCUGGACAGAGCGAGAACCAGGUUCUAGAAGACCACGUGAUCCAGCUGCACUGAAGACGGUGGCUGGCGGUCAGAUUCAAGGUGGCCUUGCCAAGGAGACAGAACGCGGUUGUGAGGGGAGCGGUGUGGCUGGAGCCCCCACCCCCUCCCUCGCCCCCAGGGUCGUCUUGCUGGAGGAAGCGGAUUCAUAAAGGGCAAGGCGGCCUGAUGCCCGCGUUCAGAAUCAGAGCAAAGAAAUGAAACAGUGUAUCAAAGUGGCUCCGGGUCUACCCUCUUCAUGGCAACUUUCAAACAGGUAAAACACGUGAAAGGAUUGUACACGAACAGAGAUGUGCCCGCCGACCAGAUUCUACAAU